AUGGCUUCUACGACACUCGGGACUUGUUCUUGGCUGCUGCUUUGGAACACCAUAUCCAGACCUCCAUUGAGCAGUCCCUGUUUGGGUUUUUUGCCUUGUGCCCGAAACCCUAGCAGACUCCCCAUCGUCAGAGCUGAGGCGAGCAGCAACGAUAAAGAUACCUUUGGGUUGGGCAAGUCCAAAUCUAAACCAUCCGAUUCUAGCGAACAAAAAUGGGUCGCUAAAGGUCUGAUUACCGGAUCGCUUCCGAAUGGAAUGUUUUGGGUUCGUCUAGAAAAUGGUGAUGUGGUUCUAGGUUAUGUAUCGGGGAAAAUUCUUCGCAAUUCUAUACGAAUGUUGCCGGGGGAUAAAGUGAAAAUCGAAGUGAGUCGAUAUAAUUCGACUAGAGGGCGUAUAGUAUAUCGGAUUGGUAACAAAGAUCUGUAG